AGGGUCGGCGGCCAAGAUGGCGGCUGCUGCUGCCGGUUUGGGCCGGCUGGAGGAGGAGGCGUUGCGGCGGAAAGAACGGCUGAAAGCCUUAAGAGAGAAAACCGGGCGCAAGGACAAGGACGAUGGGGAGCCAAAGACCAAGCAGCUCAGAGACGGAGAGGAGGAAGGCGAGAAGCACCGAGAGCUCCGGCUGCGCAACUAUGUCCCCGAGGAUGAGGACCUGAAGAAGAGGAGGGUGCCCCAGGCCAAGCCCGUGGCAGUGGAGGAGAAGGUAAAGGAGCAGCUUGAGGCCGCCAAGCCAGAGCCUGUCAUUGAGGAAGUGGACCUGGCGAACCUCGCACCCCGGAAGCCUGAUUGGGACCUCAAGAGAGACGUGGCCAAGAAGCUGGAGAAGCUGGAGAAACGGACCCAGAGAGCCAUCGCCGAGCUGAUCCGCGAGAGACUGAAAGGCCAGGAGGACAGUCUGGCCUCUGCAGUGGCUGCCCCUACCGAGCAGGAGGCCUGCGACUCCGACUGAGCACCACCCCCACUCGCCACCUCCCUUCGCCUCCCUGUGGGUUCAGGACAGGGACCCGCUGCCCGACUUUGUGAAGCCCCCCUGGGGGGCAACCUUCUGUCCUGUGAGUGCCCCUGCGCCGAGUCUGGGCUGCUCACUCUGUACAUAUGUAUGUUUCCAUUUUUUUUUUU